AUGAAGGCUGCUCGAGUAGUGUCGGUUUUGGCCUUUGCGGCCAGCGCCCUGGCUCACGGAUACAUUUACCGCGUGACGUCAGACAACACGGUUUACCCUGGAUACGACAUCUUUAUCGAUCCGGUUCUUAGACCUGCACCAUCGCGGAUCGCAUACGGCGGCGGCUCCACGGGCCCCGUUUUCGACGCUACGAAAGCUGACGUCGCUUGCAACACCGUCCAUAAUCCCGCGCCUGGAUACAUUGCCCAAGCCCGUGCCGGGAGCAGCGUCACUUUCCACUGGUCUCGAUGGUUGUACAGCCAUAAGGGGCCCAUGACAGCUUGGAUGGCCCCGUACAGUGGAGAUGUCGCGGAUGUCAAUGUCAAUGAACUAGAGUUCUUCAAGUUUGCCGAGGAGGCAGUCGACGAGGAAGGUGUCUGGGGCACAGUAAAGUUGCUAGACGAAACCAAUGGCACAUGGACGGCCACUAUUCCCGCCGACAUCAAGCCUGGCACUUACAUCAUCAGGCAAGAG